GUGAUAAUUCUAGGGAAAGAAAGAAAUAAUUUAUCUUCUAAAAAAGGAAGAGAGAGAGAGAGAGAGAGCUUAAAGGUUUCUGCCUUUAAUUUUUUUAUUUUUUGCAGUUGAAAGGCGUUUGAGUGGGGGGCAUUUUCCACAAAUUAAACAUGCUACUCUGCUUCGCCCUAUAAGCAUCCAAGCAGCCUGUGCUUACCAAUCGAUUGGUACAGUCAAACAGAGCUGCAGCCUCUCGCGUUAGAGUGGAGACCUUCAGUCUCGCUUUAUUGCUGGAUAUUGGGGGACCUCUCUACCAUGUCAUAUCCACAAUUUGGAUAUCCCUAUUCGUCUGCUCCACAAUUCCUGAUGACAACCAACUCUCUGACCACUUGCUGCGAGUCCACCGGCAGAUCCAUAGCCGACUCCGGAGUGGCGGCAGCCGGCCAGACACCGGUCUACUGUCCCGUGUACGAGAGCCGGCUGCUUGCCACGGCGAGGCAUGAACUCAGCUCGGCCGCCGCGCUGGGCGUUUACGGGAGUCCGUACACCGGAGGUCAAGGCUACGGGAACUACGUUACGUACGGCACCGACGCCUCGGCAUUCUACUCGCUGGGGGCAUUUGACACUAAAGAUCCCACAGCUUCUGCGCAUGCGGGAAUAACCCAGGCAACAGCCUACUAUCCUUAUGAUCCUACCUUGGGACAGUACCAGUAUGACAGAUAUGGUUCCAUGGAUGGGGGAACAAGGCGGAAGAACGCCACUCGGGAGACAACCAGCACACUUAAGGCCUGGCUGCAGGAACACAGGAAGAACCCGUACCCGACUAAGGGUGAAAAGAUCAUGCUGGCCAUCAUCACCAAGAUGACCCUGACGCAGGUCUCCACCUGGUUUGCAAACGCCAGGAGGAGGCUUAAGAAGGAGAACAAGAUGACAUGGCCGCCCAGAAAUAAGGGCUCAGAGGAGAAGAGAUAUGACGAGGAUGAAGAUGGGUCUCAAGAGGAGCAGAUAAAGAGCGAGAACAACGAGGAUGAGACCAGAAGUCGGCCUGAUAAGGACCUCCAGUUGAGCGAUUUGGAUGAAUUCGACACGCUGGAGUCGGAGAACUCGGAGUGUGAGCUGAAGCACCGAUACCACCUGAACACACACAUGACGACGACGGGAGACUGCCCCGCCGAACACCUCGUCAAGGACUCGUCUCUGAAAAUCUCCAUUCCGGUUUCUCUGGGAGGGGAGCGGGACUUGAGCAAAAGUUGUCUCAAAACCAACCCGGAGGAUUUCCAGGCGGACAGCAGACAGCAGGCGAAAGCAUGUUACAACCAACAGCAGCAGCAGCAGCAGCAGCAUCCAGGGCACCAGCUAUUAGACGGCAAGCCUCGGAUCUGGUCUUUGGCACAAACUGCAACGUCCCUGAACCAGACCGAGUACCCGUCCUGUAUGCUGAGGUGCCAGCCGCCGCCCUCCUCCCUCACCCCGUCCCCCGCCGCUACCUCACCCGUGACCGGCCUGGACAACAGGCAGGACUCGCCGGUCACGACCCUGCGAAACUGGGUGGACGGAGUUUUCCACGACCCGUUGUUCAGGCACAGCACUUUGAGCCAGGCUCUGACCAACACCACCGUCUCUUGGACCACAAACCCCAAAGGCGCCAUUCUGGAGGCUGAAAGGAGCGCGGCGGCCUUGCAGCAGCACCAAGACUCCGCCAAAGACAGUGCCAUGAGUUUCCCAAAAACUAUCAACAAACUUUUCUGCUCUUAACAAAACCAAAUUACCAUUUAAUCGCCAAAAGAGACAGACUCUUUGUGACUGACUAAAAGUUGGAUGGAAAAGCCUAUUUCGUGUCAAUGAUUCCCCGACUAUUUUUAUUCGUUUUUAAAAGCAAUGGUAUAAACGGUGGUAUUACACGAGUGAAAUAACGGGAUCUGUUUGACUUAUUUGAUUUACCGCACGCACAAACCGUAUCGAAAUGUAUAACUAAAAGUUUACAUCUUGGGGAAAAAAAUAGGCCCUAAAGUUUACAUAAUGUUUCUUUUUGUUAUUUUUAUUUACUAUGCGCAUGCAAAUGUAAUUGAUUAUUAUUUAGGUCUCAGCAGUUGAGUAUCACUAUUAAAAAAAAGUCUCACAAAUGCACAGCCCUCACAGGAAGUGGAAGAGGGUAUCUCAACUUGUUCACUGAAAAUAAAAAGUCGGUUUCUGAGGAGCGCUUUGUUGCGUUGCUGUC